CAGCAGACUAUAGUAUGAGUACGUUCUCGUCUGCAGGUAAUUUGAAUCCAUUUUACUGUACGUAUUUUGGCUGGUGAUAAUUACUUUUCCAUCAAUGGUCCGGUUUUAGAGACUAUAUAUAUCACGAUUAUGGAAAGAGUAUCUCACAUUCUCACAUUAUGGAAGGAACUUCUCGAACACUUCCUUACACCAUGAGAUUCGUUGGUCUACUUGGUAGUCAUUCUCUUGGUAUCAAUCCAGAGUUUUUGGCUACUGCGGUAGGUUUAGGAAGGGAAUUGUUAAGACAAAAAAUUAAACUUGCCUAUGGAGGAGGUAGUGUUGGCCUUCAAGGAGCUGUUGCUUCAACAGUCUUUACCAAUGGUGGUCUCGUUACAGGUUUCAUUCCUGGGUACAUAGCAACACAACGAGUCUAUGGACCUACGUACGGUGUAGAGCACACAGUUUCCAGUAAUUCCUACAAAUAUUUUGAGAUGAAUCAUGUCGUGGAAGCUUUCAUUGUUCUUCCCGGAGGAGUUGACACUAUGGAAGACGAUGCGAUGAGGCAGAACUUCAUGUCUUUGAGUCAGAGGAAACUUUUCAUUUCUUCUUUCUUUGUUGAUGAGCUUUUAGACAAACUAGAGUUUGCUAAAGCUUUCCCGGGACCUGGGCCCAAGGAAAAAUGGGAUGAUAGAGAUUGUAAAAAGAACAAUCUGGACAACAUCGCCAAAGCAGCCAUCUUCAAGACACUUGAUCCCAUCACCUUCUCCAAAAUCAAGCAUCUCAAGACUGCCAUGGAGAUAUGGCAAGGUCUUGGGAAGCUAUGUGAGGGAUCAGAGGACUUGAGAAAGCAGAAGAUAGAAGUCCUACUUGAGAAGUUCAAAAGCUUCAAAAUGCUUCCCGGAGAAUCAUUUGAUAUGUUGGAUGAAAGGUUCCACAAAAUCUUGAAUGAUCUUGCCUCACUUAACCACGUUCUUUCUCCCAAAGAAAAGAAUGUAAGGAAGCCUGGCCACUGGAAGUCAGCAUGCCCGUACCCAAAAGUGGAGAAGUACGGAGAAAGAGAAAGGAUCGAGAAGAAAAAGAAAGCAAUGGUUGCUGCUGAAAGUGACGAGUCAUCCAGCUCAAGCUCGGAUGAAGAAGCCCUCGUCUGCAUGGAGCGCAGAGUUGAGAAGUCCAACCAUGAGGAUAGGUGGACUAUGUCAGAAGAUGACACUCUCUGCCUAAUGGCCAAAGAUGAUGCUGAUCAAGAGGAAGCCGCUAAGUACCCAGGUGUCUGGUACUUAGAAAGUGGCUGUUCAAGACACAUAACGGGUGAUGCGAGCCUUUUGAGCAAUCUAAUUCCCUAUGAUGGUCCAAGAGUUAAUUUUGGAGGAAGCAAUGAUUUCGGCCUUACUAAAGGGCUAGGAAAUCUGGUGUACAAGAUACUAACCAUCCAAGCUGUAUCUUAUGUUGAAGGACUCAAUUAUAACCCUCUUAACAUAAGUCAGUUUUGUGAUAAAGGUUACUCCUUGGAAUUCUGCAAGGACAUGGCAUCUCUCAAGAACAUCUCCACAAAUAAAGUCAUUCUCACUGGGAAGAGAAUCAGAAACAUCUAUGAAGUGAUAUGGAGCGAUGUCAAGGAAGCAUGUCUAAUCAGCAAAGCCGCUCAAGAACUCUCCAAAUUUCUUCAAAUGGAGAUUCGCCUCAAAUUCGAGGAAGAAGUUCUUGAAUUCUACAGAAAUGGAGAGGUCAAAACUGCUCAUUCAAAGAAGAACCCACAGAGGACGUUUCCAGUCAUCAAGUCCACUGUUGGAGGUACAAAAGUGAAGCUUUCGCAAAAGAAAUUGGGCGAAAAGCUUCGCCUUCCUAAUUCUGGAGUUGAAGUUGGGAAAUUUCCAGUCAAAAAUCUGGACUGGAACAUCAUUGGAAUCUCUGGGCAAGUUCCUUCUAGCCCAGCGAAGAAAGCAGAUCUAAACAACGAUUACAAGUUAGUUUUGGAACUGGUCAUCGCUUGCCUCGAGUGUGGAAGUGGAGGUCAUGCCGAUGACAUCACCCAGGAAAGAGCCUUCAUCAUCAACUCUCUCAUUACCAAAACUAAGGUAAACUGGGCUGCACACUUUUUCAAAUCCAUUUCAAAACAUCUAGGAAAGCACAAUCAGAAGUAUCUCUGUCAAGGUGUGUAUAUUGGACAUAUUUUGGAAUGUAUGGGCGCUGUAGUUAAAGGGAAAAAGUAUGAAGCCAGAUAUUGGCUAUACUACUUAUCCUCCAGAGGAGAAAACAGAGCUAGUGCUAGUGCCACUGCAGAAGAAAGCUCAUCAGACAAUGUUCCACUCAUCAAUUUCGCAAAGACUGCCAAGAGAAAGCAUGUGGUGUCUCCCUCUCCAAGUGUUGAAACAUCACAGAACCUUGCUUUGAUCUGUUUGGAAGAGGAAGAAGAAGUCUCUGACCAUGGAGAACUUCAAAGGAAGAAGAAGAGGAAGAUCAACUCUCCAUCAACAUCUGGAAAUGUCAAUCCGGAUGAGUUGAAGGAGAAGGAACCUGCUGAGGAAACCUCUGCUCAAAACCGGAGCCCUCAACAACUUGAAGAAGAAAUUCCUCAAGUCCAAAGCCUUCCAACCUCAUCACCUCAACCUCAAAUAGAUGAUGCAGAUAACCAAUUCUGGCAGCUCUACUAUGAUUGGAAAGCCUGGAAAGUUGGAAAUUCAGCAGAGCAACUGUUGAAUUGGGACCAACAACUGAAGAAUGAGAAGAUCAUCAAGAAGUGCUUAGGAAUACCAGUCAACCACAACUGUGAACAAAUUUUGGAUGACUACUGGGUAUGGAAAAGGAAUCCUGAAGACUUGCAUCUGGAAUACCUGGCCAACACACCAGUUUCAGACUUUGAAACAGAUGAUGAAGAUCCUGCAGUCUUCAAGUCAGUCUUCUCAAAAGACACAGAAGAUCAAGUGGUUUUCACUUCUGAAGCACAAGGUGUUUUGGAAGCAGCAGCUGAAGAUUUCCAAACACUUCCAGAAACCUCACAUGUUUCUGAAAUGGUUCUAACUGAAGUUGUAGAAGAGAAGGCAACCUCUCCCCCACAAGAACAGAACCAGGAAAAAGUAGAAGAAGAAGAAUUUCAGCAAUUAAUCCAAUCUCAAGUUUUGGAGAUUCUCACCACUCCUUGCGAGAUCUCCAAUCCUACUGAAAUUGAGAUCCCGGAGAAGUCAGCAGAAAUUCCGGAACAGUCAGCUCUUCUAGAAACAAUGGAGCAAGCUGUUGAAGCACAAAGGAAUUCUGGAGAAGCUGAAAAGGAAACUCAAAUGGCAGAACUAGAGGUCUCUCAAACUACAGUAGCCAUUUUUGAAGAACAGAAUGUAGCUGAAGAAAGAGACUCCCUCUCUAGGGAUAUAUCAAAUUUUGCGCUUGAUGAAGCAGAAGGAGAGUCUGAAAGAAUACUGAAGGUUACUGAUGAAGAAGAUGUACAAGAAGAUGCUGAAUCUCUUUCUAUGCAACUCUUCCAAAGAACACCAUCCUCUCAUCAGGUAGUGACCAAAGACUACUUGAAGGUGAUCAUUGACAAUCAAAAGGAAGCAUACAAGCUGUUCAGACUUAUUGGCGCAAAUUCUGGAAACCGCAAGAUGGAAGUAAUUCUCCAACAACACAGUCCAUCUUCAAUACCACAGCUCCCUAUUGCAGGCAAAGAAGGAGAAGUAUCUUAUAUUCCUUCUCAUCUGAACUUGACAAAUCUAAUCCUUGAAGCACAGCAAAGAAAUCCGGAAAACUCAGCACAGCAUCUAUCCAGCUCAGGACUGGAUGGAACAGAAUUUAUAGGUACAGUUGUUGACCACUUCUCAAAUAAUGCUCAAUCAGAAGAGAGACGUGAAAAUUUAAGGCGCAUCAAAGAACUGUGUGGGAACAUGAAGGGCAUCAGUGAGGUUGCCGGAUCUUCAAAGCGCAAGAGAAACUGAUGAUUCUUUUCAUCAAAACAGGGGGAAAGUAUGUGAAAACACUAAUGUGUUUUGAUGCAAACACCUUCUUGUUUAAACAUUGCUCUAUUGGUUUAAACAUUGCCUUAAUAUUUCUCUUAAUUGUGCUCACUAUGCUUGAUUAUACCUAAUUCAAGUAUGUUUUUGAGAUUUAUUCUUAGCACAUACAUUCAGGGGGAAUGUAUUUCAGGGGGAACUUAACUAGUUUUUGGCUAACAAUUGUUUUUGGCAAUGAAUUAUUGAUAAGCUC